AUGUUAAUGGUGCAGCUGGAACCAGGCAUCAUCACCUACAGUAGUUUCAUCAGCGUGUGUGGGACGGCUGGAGAGUGGCAGCUGGCUGUCCAUCUCCUUGAAACCGUCCCUGUCCAGCGGGAUGUGAUCAGCUACAACAGCGCCAUCACUGCGUGUGAGAGAGGAGGACAGUGGCCACUGGCUUUGCAAAUCUUGUCUAACAUGAAUGCUGAGGUUGACGUCAUACCAGACACGAUUUCAUACAGCAGUGCUAUUAGCGCUUGUGAGGCAGGAGGUGAGUGGAAGAUGGCUCUGCAGCUGCUGACUUGUGCCAUAGCUGCUGUGCAGCCAAGCCUCAUCACCUAUAACACAGCCAUUGCUGCGUUUGCAGAGGCCUCUGAGUGGUCGCUGUGUCUUCAGGUCCUGGCCGAGAUGAAGACUUCAGAGGUUCUUCCAGACAUCAUCACUUACAACAGCACUAUUGUUUCUUACGAACCGAUGGGGCAGUGGCCCGCUGCACUCCAUGCACUUGCCCUGAUAGCUGCCGAAGCAUUGCUACCGAACGUUAUCACAUGUGCCAGUGCACUCAGUGUAUGUGAAAGUGCUGCGCAGUGGGAGCUUUCUCUUCAGCUUCUGGAACGAAUGCGUGUCUCUCAAGUGCCGCCCAAUGUCACCUGCUUUGAGAGCGCCAUCGGGGCCAUGAACGCAACCACUCAGUCAACUCCGAGACUGAUAGCGCUGCUUGGACAAGUCCAAGUGCUCGGAGAGGGCUGGGAGAUGUGGUCUCUUGUGCGAGGCGGCGAAACGCUAGAUGGGAUUGGUCUGACACUGAUAAGUCUAGCGGAAGGUGAGCAGUAG